UUUAACUUAAUCUUCACCCCAAAGACAUAAUAUCAUAGGAUGAGAAGCCACUGUCAAAACAGGAUUUCAAACACUCACAAUCUACAAAUGUCUCUUCACCCACACAAACUAUACCAAAAUUCCUUCCCAUCAUGAGCAUUUUUUACCAAGAAAAGCCACAAAAGGAAUGCAAAUGCCUGCCUUCAUCGCUUAGGGAUGCUUUCUCCAACUGCCAUUCUUUCCCUGCUCAACUGCCUGACUCAACUCAAGAUCAAACAGAAGAACCCGUCGGCGAUUUCGACGAACAAGAUGAGGUGUUUGUUUCCGUGAUCAUAAGCAAGUACAUGGAGUCGAAAAGCAAACGAAAGUCGAACGUUGCAAUAGAUAGCAGCUCCAACUGGGUUCUGUCUCCACCGGCAGGGGUUUUAGUCAUCAACGCAAAAGCAGGGAACAAUGUAGGUGAUGAGGACAAAGAGGAGUAUUUCACUGCCAGGAGUUGUCUGCCCCGAUGCUCCAGCGAUACGAGCUUCGAUGCUUUCGACUCUGCCAUGACGUGUUUUUCUCGAAGCUCGAGCUUGGACAGGCUCGACUUCCAGGAUUUCGACUCGAGAAGAAGGUCGAUCAUCCAGGGUCUUGUUCAUUGUGAAGGGUGGCCGUUCGGGCUUUGCAAGAAGGCCUUGUUGCUUCCUCCCCUGCCCAAAUCUCCAGCUAAUUCUUGGUCAUGGAGUAAGACUGGCAAAAUGUUAAAAACACAUGGAUGAUAUUGUAUCUAUAAAAAUUUUCCUUAAAUAUAUAAGCGAUGAAUUAUAUGUGCAUGAAAAUGAAAUAAUUUAAAAAAUAUAUAUGAUUGAUGCAGAUUUAACCGAGUCGAUUUCCAAAUGCAAUUUCCCAAAAGGGGGAAGUAUGUAUCUUCUAGUGUUGUAAUUUUUCUCUGAGAACGAGAUUUCAAGAAUAGUGUGUUAUUUUCUUUUUUC